UUAUGGUGGCCAAAACUGCGACCGCCAGCAAGGCCGAGGCGGGCGACGGACAGCCGCCUCUGCGUGGCCCGUGCGGCGCGGGCGGGCGCCCGACAGGGCGCGCGGAGGGCCCCGCGCGCGGGCAGAAGCCCGCACGGAGGAGCAGCCCCGCCGCCUUCGGGAGAGGCCUGCCCCUGGGCGGCGACUCCGAGAGGUGCAGCCUGCAAAAGAGGGUGCGAUUUGCAACCGGCACACUGGGCGACACCCUGGAGGGCAGGCGCGGAUCUCGACAGAGUUCUCCGGCCGCGCCCCGAGGAGCCCCGACAAGGACAGCGUCGUGCCCCCCAGGCCCCAACGGUGCCGACCGCACAGCACAGCCGACAUGCGGAACCGGGGAGCUGUGGGCCUUCGCUCCCCCGGAACCGCAGCGGGGUCUGGCGGCGGAGCCCGCCAGGGCUCAAGAGCGAGAAGGCCCUGUUUUGUCCCUCGGCAUCCACGUCCGAAUGCCAAAAUGGUCUCAAGCCAGCUCGGGCCGAGCCAGCAGCAGUAGGCGAGAGGGGAAAAGGAGGGGGAAGGGCAUGAUGGGACUGCGGUGACGACGACGGGGGGCGAACGGGCGCGGGCGCAACAGUAGAGGAAGAAAAACUACUCAGACAGACUACAUUAGCAUAAACUUGUGAAGGCCCGUGCGACCUUCUUGCAGCUGCACUGAGCCACCCUUCCCAGGCGCAUGGAGAGCGCCAGCCGCUGCGCAGUCGGCGCCGCCACGUGGAUCCGGCACAUCCAAGAAAUGCCGACGAACUCCAAAACUUGAUAUUUGUGCCGAUCAUUGUUCCCCUUCUUCGAAAGAGGGAAAAGAGCUGGGCGCAGCCUCACGCGGCACCGAAAGGCCGCGGACUCCGGGCGCGGCGGAGGCGGCGCCGGCAUCCCGGGCGGGGCCCUGCAGCGCGCGGCGCCGAUCGGCGCCUGGCAAGAAGGCCCGCAGCUGCCGAUUGACGUCUGUGGCCGCAGUAUACAAUGA